AAAAAAGAAAGGAGGACCUUUGGACGGAGACCAGAGGAGUCGACAUCAAAAACAUUUUUAAAUAAAAAGACCAUUAAAUACCUAAAACUCAUUCCUUCUUUCCAUUUCUGCGAACACUACUUAUCUCUUCCUUUCUCCAUUCCCGCCUAUAAUUCAAGGAUUGAACCCGUAACCACCUCCCGUUGAUCCUAUCAGACGACUAAUUACAGAUUCUCACUUAUGCAUUUGUGCUUAAGGGCCUAAAACUUGAUAUUGAGCAAUAAGACGAGAAAAUCAAAUGGAUGCAUGUAUCAAAUUUUGUGCUUUGUUUGUGUAUCUAUCUCUGGCUUUGAGUUGCUUCUCUCCUUUGGGAUCUGUCUCUCAACUUUUGCCUGCAGAGGAAGUUAAAGUUCUGGAAACAAUAUCAAUGAAACUUCAGAACACAACUUGGAACGUCAGCAGAGCCUCUUGCAAUGAGGGGAGAGGUUUCAACGUGACAGAUCCUGCUUUUAAUAAAAUUCUCAGCAAUGUAACAUGCGACUGCUCAUUCAAUGACAGCUCAGUUUGCCAUGUGGUGACCAUCCAAUUGAAGGGUCGUAAUUUGACAGGAAUUCUACCUCCUGAAUUUGCAGAGCUUAUUCAUCUGCGAGAAUUAGAUCUGUCUCGCAAUUUCUUAAAUGGAUCGAUUCCCUCAAGCUAUGGCAAGCUUCGUGUCACUAUUCUGUCGUUGUUGGGUAACCGUAUCAGUGGUGUGAUUCCCAAGGAAUUAGGUGAUAUUGACACACUGGAAGAACUAAAUCUGGAAAAUAAUCUACUUGAAGGACCUCUUCCUCCAAACCUUGGUAGUUUGAGCCGCCUGAGUAAAAUGUUUCUUACUGCCAAUAAUCUCACAGGAACUAUACCUGAGAACUUCAGAAAUCUUAAGAACUUGACAGAAUUUAGGAUAGAUGGGAAUAGAAUAUCUGGAACCAUACCAGAUUUUAUUGGCAAUUGGACCAAAAUGGACAGAUUAGACAUACAAGGAACGUUAAUGGAGGGACCUAUUCCUUCUACAAUAUCCCAGUUGAAAAACAUAACCGAGUUGAGAAUAUCUGAUUUGAGAGGAAAACAAAUGCGAUUCCCAAAUCUUCAAGGCAUCACUCAAAUGAAAAGGCUGAUUUUGAGAAAUUGCUCAAUUUUUGGUCCAAUUCCGGGAUACUUAAGUGACAUGAAGGAUUUGAAACUUUUGGAUCUGAGCAACAACAUGCUGAAUGGUACAAUCCUAAAUACAUUGGGGCAGGUGAAUUAUGAUAACAUGUUUCUUUCUCACAACACAUUAAGCGGAGCAAUUCCCAGCUGGAUAUUGGAUAGUAAAGAGAACAUCGAUAUAUCAUACAACAAUUUCACACCAACAUCUGCUACAGGAUGCCAGUCCUCUACCAUAAACUUAGUCUCCAGCUAUUCAAAUGCAAUGACCAACUCGAGUGCCUGGUGUUCCAAGAAAGACCUCCCUUGUCCCGCAGAAGCUAAACAUCAUUCGCUUUUCAUAAACUGUGGAGGAAGUAGUACUAAUUUUGAGGGAAAUGAAUAUGAGGAGGACUUGACCAAUAGAGGUCCAUCAUAUUUUUUUGUGUCCUCCUCCGAUAGAUGGGCUUUCAGCAGUUCAGGAGUGUACACGGGUUUUCAAGAUGCCAGUUAUAUUGCAACAAAUACAUUUUCACUGAACGUGGCUGGUGCUGAGUUUUACAAGACAGCACGCCUUGCCCCUACUUCUCUCAAAUAUUAUGGGCUUUGCCUGCGACAAGGUAGCUACAAAGUGCGCCUUCACUUUGCUGAAAUAAUGUUUUCUAAUGACUCCACAUAUAGCAGCCUCGGAAGGAGGAUAUUUGAUGUAUCAAUACAAGGAAAUGUAGUUUUGAAGGACUUCAACAUUAUGGAGGAAGCUAAGGGUGUUGGGAAAGGAAUUACCAUGGACUUUAAAGAUGUUUUCGUUAAUGGUAGCACUCUGGAGAUUCACUUGUAUUGGACGGGGAAGGGGACCACCGCUAUUCCUGACAGAGGUGUAUAUGGACCUCUGAUUUCAGCUAUCACAGUGACACCAAACUAUAAUAUUGAUACAGGCCGGUUACAUGUCGGAGCUGUUAUUGGCAUUGUACUUGGUUCAAUUGUGGUGCUUCUGAUAAUUGUGGUUGUUCUGUGGAAGAAAGGCAUUUUUGGAGGGCAAAAUAAGGAAGAAAUAGAACUCAGAGCCCUUGAUUUACAAACAGGUCAUUUUAGACUUAGACAAAUUAAAGCUGCUACAAAUAACUUUGAUCCCGCCAACAAAAUUGGUGAAGGAGGGUUUGGACCAGUUUACAAGGGUGUACUUGCAGAUGGUGCAAUAAUAGCUGUUAAGCAGCUCUCUUCCAAGUCGAAGCAAGGAAAUCGUGAAUUUGUCAACGAGAUAGGCAUGAUUUCAGCUCUACACCACCCAAACCUUGUGAGGCUUUAUGGCUGUUGUAUAGAAGGGAACCAAUUAUUGGUGAUAUACGAAUACAUGGAAAACAACUGUCUUGCUCGAGCUCUUUUUGGCCGUGACGACCAGAGGUUGAACCUAGACUGGCCAACCAGAAAAAGGAUAUGCUUAGGAAUAGCAAGAGGGUUAGCUUACCUGCAUGAAGAAUCAGCAUUGAAAAUUGUUCACAGAGAUAUAAAGGCAACCAAUGUGCUUCUUGAUAAAGAUCUGAGUGCUAAGAUUUCAGAUUUUGGAUUGGCAAAACUAGAUGAAGAAGAGAACACUCAUAUUAGCACCCGAAUUGCUGGAACAGUAGGUUAUAUGGCUCCCGAGUAUGCAAUGAGAGGCUACUUGACAGAUAAAGCUGAUGUUUAUAGCUUUGGAGUUGUUGCAUUAGAGAUUGUCAGUGGGAAAAGCAACACAAACUACAGGCCAAAAGAGGAAUUUGUUUACCUUCUUGACUGGGCUUACGUCCUACAGGAACAGGGAAAUCUCUUAGAAUUAGUGGAUCCACGUCUCGGAUCAAGUUACUCCAAAAAAGAGGUAAUGCAGAUGAUAAAUCUGGGUCUGUUGUGCACCAAUCCCUCUCCCACUCUCAGGCCGUGCAUGUCUUCUGUCGUGAGUAUGCUCGAAGGAAAAGUUCCGGUGCAAGCACCACUAGUUAAGCGCACCACAUCAGAUGACCACAUGAGAUUCAAAUCUUUUGAGAAACUAUCACAAGACAGUCAAACACAGGUUUCAAGUUACUCUCAGGACAGUCAAGUGCAAAGUAUGAAUGCACCUUGGAGUGAUUCCUCGGUCUCUGUCCCUGGUAAAGAUGAAACUACUUCCACGAGAAGGCUUCUUCCAGAUCUUUAUGAUGUAAACCUAGAAUGAUUGACGGAUAAUACUGCAGAAUUUUAGAAGUAGCUUUUGAUUUCGAUCAUGUAAUUAAGCAACGAUUUUUACGUGUUACAGAGGUCAAGAUAAGUUUUGCUUGUUAUAUUGAUUUCCUUCCUGCUGGAGAUUGUGUUCUUA